AUGUCAUCCAAAAUAUUUUCAAGUAGUAUGGGAUUAGACCACAUUACUCCUUAUUACUUUAAGGCAACCAAAAUAAAUAAUCAAGAAGAUAUUACCUUGGCAACCCUCGUUACCCGCAACAGAUUUGCUGUUUUAAGUAGACUAGCAACAAAUUACAAAGGUCCUAUCUCAGCUGCCAUUCAUAUCAAUGAUGAUCAAGAAAAGACCAAGACGAUUCAAGAGCUCAAUAAGAUUUAUCGAUCAAACCCAGACAUGCAGGCUUAUGUGGAUAUCCAUUUGAUCAUUGACAAAUAUGAUCGACAGUUUAACAUGUGGAGGAAUAUUGCCAAAUUAUUUACACGCACCGAAUAUUUAAUGAUGUUGGACGUCGAUUUCCAUUUAUGUACUGACUUUAGGAAAUCUAUCUGGCAAAAUGCGGAACUGGCCACUAUGCUUCGGUCGGGAAAAGUUGCGUUUGUGGUACCUGCCUUUGAGUACCUUGAUCAAAAGGACGGUCUGGACUGGCGCACGUUUCCUACUAAAAAAAGCCAGCUGGUUGAUCAAGUCAACAACCUGAAGCUCGACUCGUUUCAUUCUACAUGGGUCUCUGGACACGGGGCCACUAAUUACUCUUACUGGUACACAGCUGAUCAAACUUAUCCUGUCACUCAAUAUGAGUACUCGUACGAGCCUUAUAUCAUCUACAAAAAGGAAGGAACCCCUUGGUGCGAUGAACGUUUUAUUGGAUACGGUGCUAAUAAGGCUGCCUGUCUUUACGAAAUCUAUAUCUCUGGUGUUGAUUUUUGGGUAUUGCCGAAUGAUUUCCUUAUUCACCAAUCACACCAAUAUGCUAAUCAUGACCGUACACGCGAGAGAGUUCAUAAUAAAGAACUCUAUGCCAAUUUUAGAAAAGAAGUGUGUUUAAGGUAUUCAAGAAAGUAUGUCAUUGAAAAUACUUGGUAUACUCCAGCAGCCGAUAAUAUGAAGAAAGUGUGCACGGAUAUACCUAAAUGGAAGUACUUGUCUGGCAUUCCAAAAGCUCAACGUGAGGCAGAUAAACUGGCAGAAGAAGCAGCCAAACAAGAGCAACUAUUAAAAAAUCAAUCUCACUAUGACGAAGAAGAAGCUGAAGAGUAA